UGCUGCUCAUUCCUUUUCUAAACAGAAAAAGCGAUCACGUUAACAUCUGCCGUAAAGCAAAGCCGUGAGAAGAGAGAAGCGAGAAGCAGCCGUAUCUGCAAAUCCCAGUGCAAACAAAAAGGAGGGAUCCCAGCUGUACAAGCAGGAAGGUUUUACAGCAUUGCCUGCCACCAGCCUUUGCGUAACCAUCUGCCCGCCCCAGCGUUGCACCUUUCACCCCACUGCCAGAUACCUCACAGCUCCCAGUGGCCCUACCUCCAGCUCACUGCUGGGUUCUCUCCUGCUGGUUUGGUCCUCCCUAGCAGCUGCAAAGCAUCACAGGAGCUGCAGCCAUGGAGAGCCUGAGCAAUGCCAACGGCAGGUUUGCACUCGAUCUCUUCAGAAGGCUUAACGAGACCAAUCCAUCAGGAAAUGUUUUCUUCUCCCCUCUCAGUAUUUCUGCUGCUCUGGCCAUGGUUCUUCUCGGGUCCAGAGGUAAUACAGAGGCACAGGUGGUGAAGACAUUUCAUUUUGAUGAAGUUGAAAAUAUACACUCAAGAUUCCGGGCUCUGACUGCAGACAUAAACAGAAAGGAUUCUUCCUGUCUCCUACGGAUUGCCAAUCGACUUUUUGGAGAGAAGUCCUACAGCUUUCUGCCGGACUUCCUGACUAAUACUCAGAAGUUAUAUGGAGCUGAUUUGGCUGCAGUUGAUUUUCUUCAGGCUUAUGGUGAAGUCCGGAAGGAAAUUAACCAGUGGGUAGAGGAGAAAACUGAAGGUAAAAUCCCCGAUCUGCUGUCUGAAGGCUCACUUAAUAGCAUGACCAAGUUGGUACUGGUAAAUGCUAUUUAUUUCAAAGGGAACUGGGCAGAGAAAUUUGAAGAAGCCAACACUGCUGACAUGCCAUUUCGGUUGAACAAGAAUGAAAGAAAGACAGUGAAAAUGAUGUAUCAGAAAAAGAAGUUCCGUUUUGGGUACAUCUCCGACAUGAAAACCCGUGUUUUGGAGCUGCCCUAUGAUGAAAGAGAAUUUAGCAUGAUCAUCCUGUUGCCUGAUGAUAUUGAAGAUGACUCCACUGGACUGCAGAAGCUGGAAAAGCAGCUCACCUUUGAGAAGCUCCAGGAGUGGACAUGUCCAGAGCAUCUAUAUUCCAGUGAUGUCCGUGUGCAUUUGCCAAAAUUUGAGCUAGAAGAGAGCUAUGACCUUAAAUCAGAUUUAGCAGCUAUGGGCUUGUUGGACAUAUUUGACAGUGCCAAGGCUGACUUGUCAGGAAUGUCAGGGGCACAUGACCUUUUCCUCUCCGAAAUUGUACACAAGGCUUUUGUAGAAGUGAAUGAGGAGGGCACAGAAGCUGCAGCUGCUACUGCUGGCAUUGCGAUGCUUUGCAUGAUUAUAGAAGAGGAUUUCAAUGCUGACCAUCCUUUCCUUUUCUUUAUUCGCCACAACCCAACACAAAGCAUACUUUUCUUUGGCAGAUAUGCUUCUCCAUGAAAAAUAACCCAUCAUUUGCAAAACAGUUCCUGCUGCAAUCAGCAAAUACUUUGCUUAUGAGCAAGUUCAAUUUUGAUACAGAAUGUCAUGGUUCCUGUCUUGAGUUCUCAGUAACUGUCUCUAUGAUUCUGCAUUUCACAUUUAAAUAAUCAGAUAGAAAAUGGAUUAGUAACUCUUACCCUCCCCAGAGAUUCAAAGUUCCUGUACUCACUAGGAAGUCACCAAAAGAGUCUUAACUUCUUUGGCAGAAGUAGUCUUCUUUUGAAAUUGGGCUAGCAGUGAAAAUAUUCUUGGAAGAAACUUGAACUUUUAGGAUGCCAGAUCACUAUCUCUCUUUGUACAGAUUUCUCUGUAUUUACAGAGAAGGCUGACAACACCCAAUGCAGUACAGUCAUUCCUCAUACGUGUGAGCUAGGAUGUAGUUGGAAAGCUAUCGCUUCCAUAAGGUCUUGUUCUUCAAAUGUACACUAAAAUCAAAAUAAUUAAUUUAAUAUAAUUAAAACUUCCAGGUACCAAAAGACUUCCUCCAGAACAGCUGAGUUUACCCAGCUCUGUCACGGAAUAGAAGGUCAGAUAACAUUUGUUUGGAGACAUCUAUUAAUAGACAUAGGAUUAAGCUAUUUAAACAAAAGUAACCCCUUCCAGACAUUAGCCAGAAAACUUACAAUACGACUUUUAAAUGAUGAAAAAGAGAAAAUAAUGUAUUUAGGUGAUAUGUCUAAAGAGAGUUUUUCAAAUGUGGAAUUAGGUGCCAUUUUAGUUAUUGAAAAAAAUGUGAAUGUUUCUUCAAGUUCAGGUAUUUUCAAUAGAGGAUAUCUUCUGGCUAGAUGCUAGGUGAACCUCAAAAAUAACUUUUCAGCGUUGCAGAAGAUGACUGCCUAUGGCCUGCAACAAAUGCUUCAUGUUUCUUUAUGUACAAAAUUCAACAUUUGUUGAGCUCUGCUGCCCACUACCUGUUUAUACAUAACUCCUUACAUUGUACAGCCACCUUAUACUUGGAAGCCAAUACAGGCUGUUAAUAUUCCAUUUAGUUCUGAAUGUUACUUUCCUGUGUUGUGUAUAUUCUGGAUACUGUUUCCUUGUGUUUACCUGUACAGUCUCAGUUCUAAGCAGGGCACAAACAUUUAUGCAAUUGUAAACUGCAUUGCAAUUUUUUCAAUUAAGCACCAAAUAAAGAGUUUAUCUUCAACUCAUGUUCCAAACAGAGACGUCUGCACGUCAUUUUGUAUUUCAUAGUACAAAAGUAACUGUCACUGUGACUAGAAGGCUAGUUCCAAAGAAAGCCGCUGGCCCAGUACACAUUAUCAGAUGUAUGAAGCCCUUGGCCUGUUCAGAGUAGAUAAAAACAACAAAAAACAACCUCAUCUCUAAAGAAGGAAUUAUUACGUGAAUGUAACGCAAUGGAAAGCUCAACAACACAGCAGAACAGCAAGAUACCAGGCUGCAAUGAUCAAGGAUUCACUCAGAUCCAAAAACAGCAGGUGCAGAAAUAAGGAAAACCAAACCCUCCUUACCUUCAGAAGGCCUACAUCAUCCUCAGAUAAACAGGGAUCUCCAAAUACAAUACCUUUACCUCCACUGCCAGCUCUUAAAUAAGGUCUGGGAAGGGGUGCAUCCUGGCUUCACCCCUUCUGGUCACUCAGCUUCAUUGCUUACACCUGAGCUCCCCUGGGCUGGCACUGCCUUCCUACCAGGUGCUCAAUGGCAGCUUUUCCACUGCGGUGAAUCAUUAGCUUCCCCUGCAAGUGUAAUAGCUCCAUCUGCUAGCACAGGGAAUGAGGACUGAGUAACACCUUACAUUAAAUGGCAGUCACUGAGUUGGCAUAUUGGUUACAUGUUUCUGUGUUACUGGUGCCCUGGUUUCAAAGGCUGUGUUUAGUUUGUACACUUAAUCCAAAAUUCAGAGAAAAGUAUGCUCAUUGUGAUAGGAAUAAGGCAGAAAUAUUAGUGCUUACAUAAACUCUUUAUGAUAGCCCAUUAAUUUCAGCAAUUUAAAGAGAUUUUAAAAAAACAUUCCAUACUCUGCCAUUUGGCUGAUAUCUAUCUGAAUCAUACAGUUUGAGUUGCUCUUCCUACAAAGUAAAUGUCAUAGCCUGGAUAAGUAGGACAGCUAUGGUUGGGUUUCACCUCCCCUUACCUUAGAGAUAAAUUUAUAUAAUGAGUUAAUUCAGAGCACGUUGAGUAAGGUUUGCACUGUUGAAUCUUUUUGCAUAAUUACAUGGGACCACAAAUCGAGUGAAGUACAUAAACCAGUGAAAAAUCUCAAAAGUCAUGGAGGCAGAUACACGUCUUCAUUUUUUGAUAUGUUUUGACUAGACAGGAAUAUCAGUGACCUGGAUGAGGGGAUAGAAUGCACCCUUGCCAAGUUUGCUGAUGAUAAAAAGCUGUGAGGUGUGGCUGAUGCACUAGAAGGCCAUUCAACAAGACCUGGGCAGAUUGGAUUGCUGGGUGGAGAUGAACCUGAU